AUGCUAAAAUCAGCAAUCACAAAACCUCGAGUGAUUUUCUCGGGCAUCCAACCAACGGGCAUACCUCACCUCGGAAAUUAUGCAGGCGCACUUCGGCAAUGGGUUAAGCUGCAAGAAGGUCAUAAAGAAGACAAGCUCAUCUACUCUAUCGUAGAUCUCCACGCUAUCACAACACCUCAACCGGCGGAUGUGUUAAGGAAGAGUAAGAGGGAGGCAUUGGCUGCCUUGUUGGCCAUUGGUAUUGAUCCCGAGAAAGUGACUUUGUUCUAUCAGUCUUCUGUGCCCGCUCAUUCAGAACUCAUGUGGAUUCUCAGCUGUACAGCAUCCGUUGGAUAUCUGUCAAGAAUGACACAGUGGAAGAGCAAGCUCAAUAUCAGUGACAAGUCGAACAUGAACGAUAAAGCAGCCAGCAAUCUCAAACUCGGCCUGUUCUCAUAUCCCGUUCUUCAAGCUGCCGAUAUUCUUGUACACAGAGCAACUCAUGUUCCCGUUGGUGAAGAUCAGAGACAACAUCUCGAGUUUGCGCGAGAGUGUGUGACAAACUUCAACGCAGCUUAUGGCAACCAUCUGGUAUCCCCCCAAACUACCACCUCUCCUGUGCAACGGGUGAUGUCUCUCCAGAACCCAACGGAGAAAAUGUCAAAGUCGAGUAAGUCACCGAAAUCGCGAAUCAGCAUCAUCGACUCGCCUCAAGAGAUCAAGGCCAAAAUCAAAGCCGCAACAACAGACUCCAUCCCGGGGAUAAGUUACAACAGAGAAGAACGACCAGGAAUCUCGAAUCUGCUUGAUAUCAUGGCUAUUUUUGAUCCCGAAUGUAGAAAGGCCCAAGAGCUUGGAGAGCAAUAUAGCGACCUUUCACCCAAACAGCUCAAGGAGAUGGUUAGCGAUACUGUCAUUGGUGGUUUAGAUGGGAUUCGUAAUCGGUAUAUGGAGCUGCUGGACAAGGGGGAUGAGUACCUCGAUUCGAUUGAGGCAAUUGGCGCUGAAAAGGCACGAAAAAGUGCAGAGGAAACCAUGCAAGUUGUCCGAGGUGCUGUUGGGCUUUAA